AUAAAAUGCAAAAUCGACGGGGCGACGACUGAAAGGGUUUUAUUUGGCAUAAGCAGGAGCGUGAAAGGCAGCGAAGUCGGGCAAAUGAACGCCUUUAGAACCUUUUAUUUUGGAGCGUGCAUGCUGUUUACAAUUUCAGUAUCCGCGCUACCCAGUGGCCAACUAAGAAGAGGGAUUCUGCACAACAUUACACACACUUGUAGUGAGACACUAGAGAUAUGUAGGACUACAGUUGUCCGAGUACUGGAGCAACAAUGUGACUUCGUUAUGGAAUAGAAAGGCAUUUUUCGACUACUGGAUACCAUUGUGUAUUAUUUCAAUAGUGAAGUUCAUCAUGGCUUUAACGGAGGGGUAAAAUAUCGGUGUACCACGCUUCACAAAAUUAAGGAGAAACAAUGAUGCAUCAUACUGGCAUACACGGAAAAGUCCGCCGUUUCCAACCUUUGAAACGCAUUGGAUACCAGUGAACCGAAUUUUAAUCUAAACUAUUUUUUAAAGACAACUGCACCUUGAAAGAUGCCACACAAGGAACGUCCGACCGUCAGUUCCCGUAGAGUAAUGCGUGCUUACCGCCUCAACACUUUCGAAGACCAGCGCCUUCAAAAGAGUCUGUCGCAGAUAGACCGUCAGCAGACGUAUCAUGACCGCCUUAAAAUCUCGUCUGGCAAGGCAAACCACGCUGAGGAGUGUGGGAUACGGGCGAUGUCCGCCACUCCCAGGGACGGCUGGCUGGGCGUGAAAAGUAAGUUCAAUCUGCACGACAUGAAUUUCCCUAAGCCGUGCACGCGCGAACUAAGACGCGCUCUUACUCACGGAAGGACAAGGUCUUUAGUCAACGAAAUGAACAGUCUGGAACCCAAGGAGCAAAUUGCUACCGACAAAACCGAAGACAUGCGUGAACGAACGGCCGCGCCUCUUAUCAAGGGGCAAAUUAGUAUGGGUAUAACAAAAAACGAGGGUAAUAAACUGGUUGAAAAGUCAGGAACCUUGAUGAAAAUAGCCUACGAAGAAAAAGUGCGGAGUACUAUAGGGGAGGCGAUUGAAAAGGGAGAGGCGCUUCCAGAUUACAUAAUGGCUGAAAAACUGAUGGCGGCUAAAGCGCAGCGAAUUCAAAUGACCAGCAGAAACGUGAAGUUUGAUGACGUCACACAUUAUCACCUCGUGAACCCCGAAGUUGGGAAGCACCCUACUAUAAAUUCGCUGCGAAAAAAUCGCAGUGCUCCGGAUCUGCUCCAGUCGCCGCGCUCUCUAACGAGAGCUGCAAGUGCCAUGAGCGUGCUUCGGCGAGAAACUAAGUCAAGCCGUGGGUCAAGACCCCAAUCGUCUGCCGGGAACUUGAACUUAGAUACCCACAAACUCCAACAUAUUAAGACGAUAGUGGACUUGGAUAAAAAGGUUGAAGCAUUCGCGGAAAAACACCCUUUGAAGAGGAAUAGCAAUGUGUUGCCGAGGAUUUCCAAAUUAUUGCCUUCUUUUGAAUCUUCGGUGUGACGUAUCUUUAUUUAUAAAAACGAUGCGUUUUCAAACAGCAUAAUAUAAAACGAAAUGGUGGGAUGAAAAACGUUUUCGUUUGUUCAGGCAAAACUUAGAUUAAUAUCUGUAAUGAAAAGAAAUUACGCAAUUCAUAAUGGCAUAUUAUCUUCUUUGCUUAUUAACAUGAAACCUAUUUUUCGUGUACAUUUUCUCAUUAUUCAUAAAUUACAGCACUGUUUUAACAUUGCUUUAAGCUUUAAAGCUUCAUUCUAGUUAAGACACAUUAUAUUUUACAUAUUGACUCAUGUCCUCUCACAUUAGAGUCGCCGAUAUCCAUUUAUAUAUUGCGGGCAUAAUACUAUGUACAGGAGAUAUGGUAUGUUGACCUAGUAUUCCUUUUUGCUGAAAAUGCUCAAGA